CUCGCAUUUGAGAACUUCAUCUUGAGCUUCUUUGCUUGCUAGUAGCUGAACCACGUUUGCUAUGUCAACGUGCUUCUUCACAACAUUCUUUGUAAUCGGCCUUCCUCUUUUCCUCGGAAGAGACUUAGAUAUAACUUUCUACUUUUCUAUUUGAAUAACUUUCUGCGACAAGACCCGAAGAGAAUCCGGUAACCAAAAAGACGACGUUGCUCUCUCUAUGAAAGAAAAACUUAAUUUCCAUUUUUAAUACUUCUAUAAUAAUCAAAAAUGGGAAAAUGAUACGACGUACAUAUCUUUUUCACUUGUAAAUAAAUCAUUUUUAAUUUAAAUAGAUUGAUAUGCUUUAGUGUUUGUGCAAAUCUCAAAAAAUGCUUUUUAUUUUUUAAUGUCUGAUUAAUUAUAAUAUUACGAAGGACUAAAAAUAUUACAUAGACAAAUUUUAAAUUCAUGAAAAUAUCAAAAAAUAUUCAGAAAUUAUUGUUAAAAGUUAAAUUUAAAGAUAUCAUACAUAUUCAUAAAGUUUAUAAAAAACUUUUUUAAGAAAAGUUGUAUCAUAACAAACUGAUUUUUUAAAAAAAUUAAAAUUAUUUAUUUUAUUCUUUUCGAGAUUUUACUAUUUAUUUAUAUUAUAUCUUUUAUAAAUAAAUAAUUAUAAUUAAAAAUGAGAAUGUAAUGUCAUUUAACCAUUUUAGUAAGUUUACUUUGGUCACUUUGACUUUGAACUUAUUUUUUGGAAAAAAAACUAUUAAAAACUUUAAAGAGAUUUACCCUUAAGUAAAAAAUAUAUUUCUAUAAUUAUGAGAUUUAUACUAGCACAAGUCACAAUCUAUUUAAUAUCAGAUAUAUGCUAAACACAUGUGAUGACCUUAUCAAAUAUUAGACAUGUUAGAAUUUACUUAUUUAUACAUCCAACAUUUUUUAAACAAAAUUGCAAACCCACAAGAUACAACCAAGCAAACUAAAAGUAUUUGUAACUAGAAAGAACAAGUAAAUGGGUAUGAAUUAUUUUCUUAUAGUUUUUGGGAUAGGCAUUGCCGGUUGGGUGAUAAUAGCCUUGGUGAUUACUGGAGUAUGGUUUCUCCUCAAAAAGCUAAAUCUGAUCAGUCGGGAAUCUUAACAAAUUAAGCUCAUUCAACUUAUAUUCUUCUUUGAUCAUUAUCUAUUUGAAAAGUAGUACUCAAUACGAGUUUUUGAAAGACAAAUAUUAUUUUGUGCAGACAAGAAUUAUGUAUGCUUAUUAGUUCUUUAUAUUAUACAUAUCUUUGCUUUAUCCAUUAUAUAAUUCACUAAUCAAAAUUAUGCAUAUUCACUUCUUUGUUUUAAUCGUAUAUAACAUUAACUAAAAACAACCGAUAGAAACCCUAACAUGUUACUCGUAUAGAAACCAGUUGUGAUUAUGCAUAAUUUAAAAACAAGAUUGCAAACCCACAAGAUACUACCAAGUACCAAACAAACUAAAAGAAAUUGUAACAAGAAAAAUAAAAGAAAUUGUCAUUCAAUUUGAAUCGGCAAAAAAAAAA